AGAGGGGAGAGGCGCUCAUCUAUUCGCUUCCGAACUGCAAAAUCACCAGAAGGUCAACUCCCACGAAUGGGAGCAAAUCGAAUUAAUGUUUGGUUUCUGCCUCGACCCGUAAUGCGAUCCCUCCUGUGUUAAUACCGCGCGGAGCUCUGUAAUCUAUGCACACGUCCCCGUGAAGAUGACGACGGGGGCGGCUGCGUGGCACGGCAGCGCGCGCGGCGACUGCGCUGACUUGCAUCGCGUUUCUCGCGCGUGUGUGCGCGCUGCUCCCGCCUCGCUCCACCCGCCUCGGAAUGCAUCCUUAACAGCGCCACAGUGCGCCUGCCUGCCUUCCAAAACGAACGCAAGCGGCAACCUCAUCAUCAUCAUCAUGUGCCGAGACAUGCACUGGCGGAAUUCGCAGGGCGCUUCAGCGUAUAUAGAUCUGCACGCAGCUGUACCGCCACUGGGAGGCAACAAUAACAAGAAAAAAAACAGCCGGUGAAUUAAUGAAGGUGCCCUUUUAAGCUCGUGUGCGCGCAUUCCAUGCCUUAUUUUUUCUCCAACUCGGUCAUUGGACUUAAGCAGAAGAUUAUUCCGCUGGCUGGACGUCCAGGCAACCAGACCGUGGGGGAGAGAGAGAGAGAGAGGGCAAGCAAGCAAUCGCGGCGGGCUUAACACUCGGGGCUGUCCCACAGUCUCUAUAAGUAAAUGGACGUAGCGUCGGACAGUCAAGGCGAAGCUUGUUGAGCCUUCUUCGAAAAGUGGAUUUUUUUUUGUUUUGGGGGGAGAGGGGGGUUUGUUCUCGUGACAUCUUUCCCGUCCUUAUAGUCAAUGUGUCGACGUUAAUUACACGGUCAUCGAACAAGACGUGCCAAGAGCGGCCGGCGAACUGUCGCGUAUGUGUCUUCUUCAAUCACCGGUCAGCAGUGCAGAGUAAAAUCGGCCACACAUUCUUGGUCGGACAGAGACUCUGUGCCUCUUGACGCCGUCGUACUAAUCCACCAGAUGAAUGUGACUGGGCAUCCAGAAAACUUUACCAUGGCAAUCAACAAGAAGAUGCAGGCUUCGUGUCGGAUAUUAGGCGCCCGUCACCAGUCGCUGACCCUUGUUAUCUUACUUAUGAAAGGUAUGCCUUUUCUUAGUGCCAUGCCUCUCAUGCUUGGGAAUGACCAUGCACCUUUAACAAUACCAUACCUGCCACUCAAAUAUGAACUUCAAGAUGAAGAGUCCUUCUUCUUGCUGAAGAAUGCAAAACAGGACGCUGAACCAUUAAACACAAGCCUUCAUGCUCUCACACAGCCAAUUUUAAUCCUGAACAGUACCAAAGAGCACUCUGGCAUCAAAGUGAGCCUGGGAUCAUUUUCCACGUGGCAACCACUGCCCAAAAAGCCGUUGGGUUUUGAGAACAUUUUCCCACAAAAGUCAGCGGGCUUGACGACCAACUGGAAUCUUCAAUCCCACAUUUUACAACAAGAAGUCUUCUCUUCUAACCCAAAGCUCCAAGUUGUGUUUUACAUUUCUGGAAGGGAUUGGAGUAAAAAGGAACAAGCAGAUGACCUGCCAUGCGUGAAACUACAAGCUCUCUCAAAAGUACAGGAGUUGAAGACAUCUUGCCGACUGGCAGGAGAACUUGGGAUGUGCUUGGUGGACCUGGCCAUACCAUCGACGUGGUUUGAACAAACUGCCAGCAAGCCAAACGCAAAGCUCCCCAAGGAUGGCGCAGUGACGUAUGGACUCAUUGAAUUGUAUUCUGAAAUUUUUCCUCCCGAUGAAGAAGGCAAGUGUGGCUCUGGCAUGUCUAAAACCAUGAAUGAUUUCCGUACACAAAAUGAGGCAGAUUCAAGGCGCUUAAAGCAACUCCUUCGGCCAAUUGGGAGAGUCAUCAUGCACGCGCCUUCCCGCAAGCCUCCAGAGCAGCAGGAGGCAAGGCUUGAUGAUAAUGUCGUGAUUUACCUCCCGACAAACCCAGCAAAGCUCGAUGACAUUCUAAGUAUUCCUGUGUGCCUCCUCCACAACUCGACAAUUGAUCAUCUUACCAUCAGGGUAAAAUGCAAGAGAGGCAUAUCGUUCAUUGGUGUCCUGCCCAGCGAAACCAAUGUUUUUGACAUUAACACUGAAAUCAACAAUGGAGAGAAGUUUUCGACUGCCACACUGCAGAUCACCCUGAAAAGUGGAGCUACACGAGACGGUGACAACUCCGGCUCGCUGGAAAUGGCUCGUAUUGAGAUGGUGGUGGAGAGCUUCAGCCUCGCCCCUGCGUUUCGUCGUUUACUCUGGCAUCUCGAGUACCCGCAGGGAGGACCUGCCCCUUCCUUGGACCGCAUCAACACGGAAAUUGUCGUCAAGCAGAGCGAUGCACAGGCACUCAUCCCCCUCGCAAUGAAACCAGAGUUGGUGAACACAGCAGUGCUGACAGGCAGGCCUGUGAUUGUGCCUUUGAGAGUUGUCACCAUGGGAACAGACGGCCAUUUGUCAGAUGUAUCCCAGCAUGCCCACUGCCAGUCGGAGGAUGAGGACAUUAUUAAGGUGUCAGAAAACUGUGGCUGGGCAUUUGUCAAUGGCAAGGAGAGCAGAGGCUCAGCCAGGGCACGUCUCAUCAUCACCAAUGAACACCUGCGUGUCUCCCUGGAUAUGACGGUCUGGAUGCCUCAGCUGCCCCUGCAGAUUCAACUAUCUGACUCUCAUCUCAGUGUUAUUAAAGGCUGGAGGGUGCCUAUUUUUCACGAGAAAAGCACCGAGGAGAGCAGCGACGAAGAGGAUGAGCCCAAGGGCCGUGGCUGCAUGUUGCAGUCCCAGCAUGCGCUGGUGAGCAUCUGGACCAUGUUCUGCACCUCCAGCGAUGAGCCGGCAGAGGGCAGAGGUCCUCACGAGUCGCCAAUGCUGAGUCCCGAGUGGCUGGUGGACGUCACGGAGCUGGUGCUGGACUACAUGGUGGUGGAGGACACCAGGACCGCCCAGUUGGUGGGGGGCAAGGUCGUUGUGGGGCUUGUGCCAGGGAUGACGGCUAUCCAGGUUCUAUCGCCGGUGUCGGAUCUGAUUCUGGGGGAACGCGCGGUCACGGUGAGCAAGGAGAAGGUGUCCAUCAGCCGGCUGCACGUGACGCUGGUCUCAGAGCUGUCCCUUACGCUGCGACCCAGUCCCUCGGAGUCAAACGUGGUCAUCUCCACCACCACGGCACAGCACACUCUGCAGGUGCUCAAACAGGAGGCCACGCUUGUCCUCUGGCUGCAGUUUAGCGAUGGCACGGUGACACCGAUGGACGCCUACAACCCUCGGGACUACGUCCUCUCCGUGAGCUCUCUGGACGAGAGCGCACUAUCCGUGCGCUUCUCCUCGGCAGACGGAUGGCCCUCCAUCCUGGCCGAGGGCGAGGGCAACGAGCCGGGGGGCCUCCUCAAGGUGGAGCUGCUCGUCUGCAAUGGCUGCCAGAAGUCCAAGCGCAGGGGCUCGCUGGCGACGGUUAACCUCAACGUGAGCGUCAGCUUUGGAAAUGCUUUCAUGGGCACAACUCCCAAUGUUCAGUGGGAUCAGAGACACCUGCACAAUGGCUCGCUCCGGGGCCACAUCUACACAGAGCGAGAGGAAGUGGGCAUUAAGCGGGGUGGCACGACGUCUGGGCCCCAGCCAGGCGAGUGGCGGAAUCAUGGCGUGGGCGACCAAGGUGAGUCUCUGCAGGAGGUCCUUCAGAAGCGGGGGAGCUCCGACAGCCCACCCGUGGACCCCAAAUUUCCGCAUAAGGGCACCGGUGUCAGAAGUGCUGGUGACCAAGCCCAGAGACCUUCCGGCUUGAGCGACCUUCAAAUUGGGAUGUACACGUUGCUCAGCGUCUUCUGCCUGGCUAUCCUCGUUUUCCUCAUCAAUUGCACGGCGUUCGUCAUUCGCUACAAGCGGAAGCAGCUCGUGCCGCAGGCGCAGGACGAGAUUGGCACGCACUCACACGACUGGAUCCAGUUGCGGAACGUUGGCGACGAGCGCGGGAGCCAGGGGGCCUUUGCUUCCACGUCAAAGCAAUCGGGUGAGGCAGCUGCCGACAGGAAGACGGCGUGCAAUCACAUCAGCCGAAGCCAUCCGAAGAACGAGCUCGUGAUCACGCUGCAGGGGAUCGAUGAUGCCAUCCGAGAAGGGAGCCCCAAGUCCAAAGCGAGUGACUCCUCUGUUCAUCCCCCCUCACUGCAGAAAAAGAGGGUGACGUUUUCGGCCUUCACCACCGUGCACAGUCCGGACAAAAUGGCCGAAAUAAGCCAGACAAUCCCUGUUGGGAAGGAACAAGACAUUGAAUGGCUGUGCCUUGACCCAGGCUUAAGGGACUCUGAAGAACCACACACUGAUAUCCACAGAAUCAAAGAAAGUGGAUAAGUGCCAAAGACUGCAAUCUGAGUGCAGUGAGAAGGCUGCCAAUUCUAAUCUGCUGACACUUAUUACCGGUAAUGAGCAUUCAGCACAAAACGGGACGUGUUCAUUCAGCCCUAGGCAAUAAUGGAUCAUUACUUUUCCAGGCCAGAACCAUUUGCUGACUUUUAAUUUUAACUCUAAAACACCCUUUAUUUAAAUGGUUACAGCAUGUUUACUGUGAAAAAAGUGCAUGCUACAUAAUUAAAAAAUUAGAAAUGAAAGCAUAAAUAGUUGGUAAAAUAAACACUUUAACAAGUAUGUAUGUUGUGUUGUUGUUAUUUUGUGCAUGGAAGGAAAUAUGCAAAUGAGCAUUGUAAUUACUAUGUUUUAUUAAUUGCCUUUAUUUUAACAGAGGCACGUUUACAAGUGUACAUUAAUUUUCAUAGCAGCUUUAAAAAUGCGUGAUAAUUAAUUUUACCUCGACAAGGCAAAAUGCAAGGCUUGGCCAAGCACUGAGUGAGGUGUUUUGUAGCAGAUAAUAUUACAUGUGUAAUCUUGUGUCCCUGCAAAGUCUCACGUUAAAAUACAGAGGAGAAAUUUACAAGUUAGUGUUACAUGAGCAUUGCAAUUAUCGACAUUGUGAAUUGUCCUAGGCAUGGAUUUGUUAACCUUGCAAGUAGUUCAUGUGAUGUAGGCAUGUCUGAGGGAAAACAUUUAUAAUUUUUUUGUUCAAAAAUACAUUGUAGCACUUAUUCAAUGUGCUUCAGCCAUGUAAGUUGCUCUGGAAUAUGUAGCCGAGUCAAUAACAAUUUAUAGAACAGCAAAAGCAAUUCUUUUUUUGCCAGUGUUGCGUUCUGAACAUUACAAGAUAUUAU